AAGCUAGCCGUUCACAUGUCACGUCACCAUCACUUUAUUGUGUGAUUCAUAUCCCCAUCAAGACAGCAUGUAUAGAAAUAAAACUGCCUGGUUUUCCAGCAGUGUACCACAAGCUCGCCAGAAGUUCUGGUUGUCUGAGUCUGGGACUGUAGCCAGCUGGAGGGAGGCGGAUUACCUGUUCAGCAAUGAUGCCGCUUGCCCUGAUACCUUGAGGAUAUUUGAGAGCACAUACUUCCUCUGGAACAACGUGACGGUUUUCCACAGCUUGUUUCUGUCCGCCUGUGAAAAGCGGAUGAGUGUCAGGUCUGUGCCCAUUGGACACUACGUUCUGCCCCCAGCGCCUGUGCAGGAGGAGGUGAGAAAAGUCAUGGGACGCUUUAUUUGGGAGUGUGAAGACAAUCUGGACUCCUACACGUCCUGUCUCCAAGCCGAAGAUGGGAGCAGUGAUGAUGAGCUCGCCUCAGACAUCUUUCAAAUUUCCAGCAUCGAAGCACCAGAAUAUGAAGAGGCGGAAGGGUCGGAUUUCGACGAUCCAGCCAGCUGCAUGUCCACAGAAUAUGUGGAGAUGAGCAGCCUGCCGAAGUACACUGGAGCUCUGCGAGAACUGUCACCUGCAAGCAUCCAUUGUUCCUGCUCUGAAGGCCCUGUGCAAACAGGGAGAUGAAAAAAGAGUGUACAAUAGUCGU